AGAAAAUUUACAAAAGCAGGGAUUUCCUAUGACUCUUAAUAGACAAGCCUCCUUCGCCUACUUGAAGACUCGUCACAGUGUCACUUUCCAUCUUGGUUGGGCGACUGCUGUCGCGUGUCUAGGUACUUUGCAAUUUGGAUACCACUUAUCGGAAUUGAAUGCCACCCAAUUGGUUCUAUCGUGCAACCAACACUUUGAUGGUCCUUACAAUUCUUAUGAGGACACCAUCUGGUCCAAACUUGGUUUGAAAGAGUGUCUUCCGAUUGAGGAAUCGAGAUUAUCCAUAAUGACCACUAUGUUCACUUUUGGCGGACUUGUUGCAUCAAUUUUAUUAGGAUCGCAUACUUUAUCUUCCUCGAUUGGCCGCAAAGUAAACUGCAUUAUUAAUGCUGGGUUGUUCUUCAGUGGUUCACUUUUAAUGGCAUUUGCUAAUUCAUUGACAGUGCUUAAUGUGGGGAAAUUCUUGUGUGGGUUGGCAGCCGGAUCAUCUGUGGUGAUUUCACCAAUUCUUGUUAAUGAACUCACACCUGUUAAUCACAGAGGGUUUUUGGGAUCAUUUCUUCAGCUAUCGCUAGCUUUGGGGAUUUUGUUCAGUCAGUGUUUAUCGGUGUGGUUCGCCAAUGAUCAGCAGUGGCGGAUGAUCUUCCUUGUUUCAGCAGGUAUUGGAUUUAUUCAGUUUAUGCUUUUGUUCACAAUUCUGGAAAGUCCCAAAUGGCUCAUCACCAUCAAAAAUGAUACACGAGGAGCCACAAAUAUCUUGACCAACUUGAGGUCUGAUAAGAACGUGAUUCAUGAUGAGAUCAACCACUGGAGAAGGUUAUCAGUCCAUAAAACCCCUGAAGACUUGGAGUCUACUCCAUUACUAGAAGACUUAUCUGGAGAUUUUACUCCUCUUACUCCCAGCAGAUCGAGAAGAGGCUCAAUUGAUCCUUCUUCUUUGUCCUUAUAUGCGUUCUUGACGAACAAGGUUUACCGAAAGGAACUUUGGGCCACUAUGAUUAUCAUGAGUGGGAAUCAAUUAUGUGGUAUGAAUGCCAUCACCUUUUAUGGGGUGAUAUUCUUGCGGAACGCCGUUCCCAAAGGCACGAGAGUAUUGUAUCUCACCAGUGGUUUGGCUUUAUGUAAUGUGCUUGCUGCACUUCUUGCAGUGCCGUUAUUCAAUCGGUUUGGCAGAAAACCUUUACUCUUGUUCUCAUGCCUAGUGAUGACUUUGACGACAUUGUCCAUCAGCAUUGGAUUGGUUAAUGGGUUUAACUACUUCACUGCUGCUGCUUGUCUCGUAUUCAUAUUGGGAUAUUCAUGUGGAAUUGGCCCAUUGGUAUAUAUGAUGGUACCUGAAUUCACCAAUCACAAUGCCAUCGCGAAGGCCCAGUCGUUUGGUACAGUUUUGAAUUGGUUAGCAAAUAUUGCAAUUGCUUAUUUUUUCCCCUUACUAAGAGGGGUUUUUGGUGGGAAGGUGUUCCUCAUAUUCACCACCAUCAACAUAACUUACUUCAUCCUAAUUAUUCUUUUCGUGCCCGAGACCAAAUCCCUCCACAAUUACAAGGACGUGUGGAACCGCUUCAAAUAUUUUUAGGGCUUAGUUCACGCGACACACCUAAAAAUCAUUGUCACUGCCUGAAGUACAUCUAAUUACAUGUCAAGCAUAUAAACUAACUGUCAUCUAGCAUCCAAAUUACCUCACCUUUCAAUAAACACGUUACAGUAA